CAGCAGAGCGAACCAUGAAGAGGAGGGAGCGGAGAGAGUGGGAGGCCCGGAGAAGGGACAUCCUCUUUGACUAUGAGCAGUAUGAAUACCAUGGGACAUCGUCAGCCAUGGUGAUGUUCGACCUGGCGUGGAUGAUGUCCAAGGACCUGAAUGACAUGCUGUGGUGGGCCGUCGUCGGACUAACAGACCAGUGGGUGCAAGACAAGAUCACCCAGAUGAAGUAUGUGACUGACGUGGGAAUCCUGCAGCGCCACGUGUCGCGGCACAACCACCGGAACGAGGACGAGGAGAACGCCCUGUCCGUGGACUGCACACGGAUCUCCUUCGAGUAUGACCUCCGCCUGGCGCUCUACCAGCACUGGUCCCUCCACGACAGCCUGUGCAACACAUGCUAUACCGCCGCCAGGUUCAAGCUCUGGUCUGUGCAGGGGCAGAAGCGGCUCCAGGAGUUCCUGGCAGAUGUCGGUCUCCCCCUGAAACAGGUGAAGCAGAAGUUUCAGUCCAUGGACAUCUCCUUGAAGGAGAAUCUGCAGGAGGUGAUCGAAGAGUCUGCAAAUAAGUUUGGGAUGAAGGACAUGCGUGUGCAGACUUUCAGCAUUCAUUUCGGGUUCAAGCAUAAGUUCUUGGCCAGUGACGUGGUCUUCGCCACCAUGUCGCUGAUGGAGAGCCCCGAGAAGGACGGCUCAGGGACGGAUAACUUCAUCCAGGCUCUGGACAGUCUCUCCAGGAGUAACCUGGACAAGCUCUACCGUGGCUUAGAACUUGCCAAGCAGCGGCUGCGAGCCAUACAGCAGACUGUCGCCAGCUGCCUCUGCACCAACCUCGUCGUCUCCCAGGGGCCCUUCCUCUACUGCGCCCUCGUGGAGGGGACUCCAGACAUCAUGCUGUUCUCCAAGCCAGCAUCCCUGAACCUGCUCAGCAGACACCUGCUCAAGUCCUUUGUGUGCUCGACCAAGAACCGGCGCUGCAAGCUGCUGCCCUUGGUGAUGGCUGCCCCCCUGAGUGCGGAGCAGGGCACGGUGACCGUGGUGGGCAUCCCCCCAGAGACUGACAGCUCAGACAGAAAGAACUUCUUUGGGCAGGCAUUUGAGAAGGCAGCAGAGGGCACCAACUCCCGGACCCUGCACAACCGUUUUGACUUCUCAGUAAUUGAACUGAAAGCAGAGGAUCGCAGCAAGUUUCUGGAUGCGCUUGUGUCCCUCCUGUCCUGAGGAGUAUGAUUUCUUCAGAAAUACCCUCUUCCUUAUUUAUAUUAGUUGGCUUUUAUUUGGACUGUAAGUUAUGAACAUCGUUUUAGAUGCACGACAGUCAGUUUUUAAUGAAAUAAAAUCCUUAUUUUAGG